AUGGCGGUAACAUCGAGUUUUGUGAACCAAAUUAAGACUCAUUCCACAACAUGCCGUAGCAUACAGCUAGCGGUUUCCACUUCUCCAGCUAGCGGCAAAGUUACUCUCCAUCUGCCCCGAACGGGCCAGGAGCCCUUGGAUGCCCUGUCUGAGCAGCAGCGGUGCCCGCUGAGGAAAGGGAAGCACCGGCUAAAGAACCCAGCUGCUGAUCCCUCUCUGACGCCUUUUGGCUGUUCCCUCGGUGCACCUGGAAAGACACCGAGGCGUUUCCCCGCAGCUCGCUGGAUACGUCCCCAGAAGCCAUCGCCGCUGUCGCUGGAGGCAGCACACAGGUAUGUAAUUCAAGCAGCAUUCUUGGAGUGGCUCUGGUGGUACUGGCAGAAGGAAAAGAGAGAGCCCUACGUGAAAUUUAUGGAGGCAAAUUACCCACCUGGGUUUAGUUAUGAAGAUUUUGGGCCACUGUUUACAGCAGAAUUCUUUGAUCCCAACCAGUGGGCAGAUAUUUUGAAGGCUUCAGGUGCAAAAUACGUUGUCUUAACUUCAAAACAUCAUGAAGGCUUUACUUUGUGGGGGUCCAAAUAUUCUUGGAACUGGAAUGCUGUUGAUGUGGGACCAAAACGAGAUCUUGUGGCUGAACUAGCAACAUCUGUUAGAAGCAGGACUGACUUGCAUUUUGGGUUAUAUCACUCCCUGUUCGAAUGGUUUAAUCCCCUCUUCCUUGAGGAUGCCACCAACGUCUUUAAGACAAAAAAGUUUCCAACCAGUAAAUCAUUACCAGAACUCUAUGAAAUUGUGACCAAGUACCAACCAGAAAUAAUUUGGUCUGAUGGGAAUGGAAAUGCACCAGAUACUUACUGGAACAGCACUGGUUUCUUGGCUUGGCUGUAUAAUGAUAGUCCCGUCCGGGACACAGUAGUGACCAAUGACCGCUGGGGAGUUGGCAGCACCUGUACACAUGGUGGCUUCUACACUUGUAGUGACCGGUAUAACCCCGGCCACCUCCUGCCUCACAAGUGGGAGAACUGUAUGACUAUUGACAAGAGGUCAUGGGGGUACAGGAGGAACGCACAACUCGACGAUUACCUCGCAACCGAGGACUUGGUGAAGCAACUUGUAGAAACAGUGUCUUGUGGAGGAAAUCUCUUGAUGAAUAUCGGGCCCACUCACGAUGGUCGCAUCGCUGUUAUAUUUGAGGAACGCCUGAGGCAGAUGGGUGCCUGGCUGCAAGUCAACGGAGAAGCCAUCUAUGGAACGAAACCAUGGAGAGCGCAGAACGACACGGUCACACCAGAAGUGUGGUACACUUUCAGCCCUAAAGAAGGCAAAGUCAAUGCUAUCUUCCUUAACUGGCCAGUGUCUGGGACUCUGGAACUUGGUGAGCCACAGGCUAAGCUUGGAGAAACACAGGUGAAGCUGAUUGGCUACAAGGAACUGCUGAAAUGGGUUGCACUGGGAGAAAAGGGAAUGGCGAUAGCUCUACCUCAAUUAACUCCUAAGCAAUUGCCAUGUCAGUGGGGCUGGACUUUGCAACUGACCGACAUAAACUGAGCCAUAGAGUGCUGGAGCCUUGGGUAGGAGGGAAUGCUGACGUUUUGCCCAGUUUCUCAUCGCUGGUUUCUAACUCUUACUUGCUUGACAGAGAAACAUCGAUACUUCUUUCACUCUUUUUCUGAAAGGCGGGCUGUUAUUAAAGGAUGGAAUGGAAUGAAGCUCACAUGAAAUCUAGCACUAGAUAGUUGGAUCUCCGCAUGCAGUUUCUUUCUUCGAACUUGUGUGAAAAACUGAGCGUCUACCUUGACCUCUCCAUUUUUUUUUAGUCAGUUUCUUGCCAAGUUAUGUGAAGAACAGAGGGAAAAAAAACCAGGCGCUAGCUUUUUAGAGUCAUGAGAAGGAACAAAGCUAGCUCAAGCCAGCAUUCAAAUGCACAGCAGUUAGAUUUCUUGCAUUGAAGAACUGACUUCCACAAAACUGUACAGUAAAAACUGUCAGUUUUGGAGAAAAGAAUAAACUUUUUCCAGUUGUGUGCAACAACUGGCAGCUGGUGGUUUUAGCUGAGGAGGGUAGUGUAUCUGCAAGAACAGUCCUGUAAGGGUUAGGAAUUCAUCACAAAUGCAUGGAGGCAAUGCAUAUGUACAUCUUCACUUCUCGUCAUGGAAAUCAUUAGUUUUAUCUGUUCCUACUGUUGAGUAAUUCUAUCCAUUAUUGGGAUACAAGUGAAGCGGGAGGGUUUUUUUUUCUGUUUUGUGUGAUUUUACAUGGUUAAAGCUGACUGUUGUUUACAGCCAUUGUUUUUACAGUUACCAGGGUGCCUUCUGCGGACUACUAAACAAAACAUAUACUUCAAUGACUAACUUUUUAAAAAAAGAGAAAUAAUCAGGAGUUGCUAGGGAUCCUCAACUUUGGCAGAGAGACAACGUUUUAAGCAGAGGGGAGAUGAUUGAAUCCAACUUGAAAAAUUCCCAGACUCAUAACGUGUCAAGAUUUGUAGGGACAGACCCGCAGUAUGAAGUUUGCAAAGAGGGGGAGGUAUAGGACAACAAGCAGCAUGAAUUGUUUCAGUGUAGGGAUCAAAGGUUUAUUUUUCCCGAGUAAUGUUAACAAGUGCAAAACUAUUACUGUAUAAGUUAAACUUACUCUUUCAACUACGUCAAGAUUUUAGGUGAUGGACCAAAUGAGGUUAUUGCCUUUCCUGCUAGUAACGUGAAUACUCGCACAAAUCUUACAUUAAAAUAUUUUAUUACAAUACAGACAAUUGGGCUCAAAAUUAAUACAAAUUAAGAUAAAAUAUUUACAAGUGAAUGUGUACAGCAUAGCUGUUUGAACAGCAUAAACAAGAGAACUUCUAAAAAUCCACAUUCCUUUAGUAUUAAGUAACAGAGAGCGCACCCCCCCCCAGCUUGUUCAAGAGGAACGUGCAUCAGUUGGCAAAGGCUUUCUGAAGAAUGAGAGACUCUUUGGAAUAACAUUGGUAAAGUUAAGGGAAAAAAGUUUUCCUUUAUAAAAAGAAAAAUUUGGGAGAAGAAGAAAGAAGCCUGACUUCAUUCUGCUACUCUGUGCUAUUCUUAGAUCAUUCUCAUUAGUUUUUUCCAAAACUUGCACACCCCAGGCAAACAAAUGGGUUUUUUAGUAAUGUGCUGUAAUACUGCCACCAGAUGCCUUUCAGAUGCAAUAAAAUAAUCAAAU